AUGUCUGGGCCGCCGGUAUACGCGCUCAUCAACUACUUCAUACUGUCAAGAUUACUCUACUACAUACCCUACCUGGCACCUCUUCACCCAGGUCGCGUCGCAACAACCUUCAUAGGCCUUGACGGCGUGUGCGAAAUCCUUAUCGGACAAGGAGCAUGGCGUAUGGCCAACUCCAGCUCAACCGAUGCAGAACGGCAACUCGGCUCGGAUCUUGUCACCGCCUCUCUCUGUCUCCAAGCAACACUCUUCGGCGCCUUUGGUCUGCUCGCUGCACAAUUCCAUCGACGUGCCAACAAAGCCGGAGUACUGAAGCAAGAUCUACGCGUCGUACUGUACGUCAUGUACGUGAGUGCGAGUAUCGUAACCAUACGCUGCAUAUAUCGCCUCGUAGAAUACAUCCUCGGCUGGGAGUCCUCCAUAUAUCAGAAUGAAAUCUACUUCUGGAUCUUCGAAGCUGUCAUUAUGUUUCUCAACACCGUUUUACUCAAUCUGUGGCAUCCGGGUAAACGACUACCUCCUUCCAACUCUGUGUUCUUAGCUCGCGAUGGCGUGACUGAACGGAAAGGACCAGGCUGGGGUGAUGACAGGCCGUGGAUCAUUACCUUCUUCGAUCCAUUCGAUCUUUGGGGCCUGGCCAAGGGGAGAGAUAAGAAGACACAGUUCUGGGAUAUGAGCGACGCAGAGUUAGAGACGGCUAGAGCAGAGAAGAAGAGGAAUAAGCGAGGAGUAGUGAAGGGCUUGGUCGAUCCUUUUCAUCUUUGGGGUGAGAGGGGAUACAUUGGCAGGUAUCUCAAGAAAGACAAGAGAGGCAACGUAAAUGACCAUGAGGAUGUGGUACAACUCCGACAAGCCAAGCAGCACAAGUACGAUGGUAAGGGUACGAAUGAUGCAGUGUGA